GUGAUGUCACCGAUACAGUAGCUCAGGGCUUGUGUGAGUUAGCGCGAGUUAAAGCGACUUUAUUGAUUAAAGUUAAUUUAUUAAAGUGAUUUUAUCCAUCACAGAUCAUUUAUUAAAGCGUUAUUUACAGUUCAGAAGUGACGCGGUGUCAUUAGAAGCACCGGCGCGCGUUCACGACGCCUUUCGUCAAGAUUCAGAUCUAAAACAUGGUCUGAUUAUUGUGUCACUCAUUUCUGGAUGGACUUAAAAUCAGCCGAAUGCUAAUUUAUCACAAGGACGUUCAGCGAAUGUGAAAUGACUCGCAUCUGACAGCCGUUUGUCUCUCACUCGUCACUGAAAGACUAAAAACAGAAAGACAUCAUGUCUCUGCCUGAGGAAGCAGGGGAUCGUGGGAAAGAGCGAGAGCGUGGAGCCCGUCCGAAAGUGCGUCAGAGCCGUUCUGAAGAGAGAAGAGACGGAGGGAGGAGAAAGCCCGGGAGAGGGAAGAAGAAAAGCCACCCGUCGCACGACCUGACCUCUGCGCGGCCUGUGAGCGACGGCUUCGAGUACGGCGAUCUGCUGAACGAGUCCAGCGAGGGUGGCUCGUCCUCUCCGGUGAGGGAGCAUAGGAGACGGCAGGUCCUAGGAUCAUCUGGAUCCCUGCUAUCUGAAAGGGUUUCCGCCAAACUAUCGCUCGGUUCGCCUGACCUCAGCAGCGACUCGGACAGCAAGUCGUCCGGAAGUAGCCGAACGCUUCGGCAGAAGAUCCAGGACGCGGUGGGCCAGUGUUUCCCCAUCAAGACCCACAGCCAAGGCCUGUCGCACUCGCCCUCCUCCUCGCGCCGCAAGAUCCACAUCAGCGAGCUCAUGCUGGACAGCUGCCCGUUCCCUGCUGGCUCCGAUCUGGCUCAGAAGUGGUACCUCAUUAAGCAGCACACGGCUCCCAUUUCUCAAGCGCCCGUCCUGGAUUCCGUCGCUCCUGUUGCGCUUGUGACGCCUGUGGAGGACGAGGAGGACCGCUUACGUGAGAGGCGAAGGAUAAGCAUCGAGCAGGGAGUCGAGCCACCUCCCAACGCCCAGAUCCACACAUUUGAGGUGACAGCCCAAAUCAACCCUCUGUACAAACUGGGACCCAAGCUAGCUCAUGGGAUGAACGAGUUAGCCGGAGACGAGCGUGCAACGCUGCACCAGCUUCUCCUUCAGAGUUGUUUGGACACCUUGGAUGAGGUUGCAGCGUCAACCGCGGCGUCUGAUUUCGACUUGGACGCCGGCGCUGCCGCGUCUCCAUCCUCCCAAGUCCAAAUGGACAGUCCCAAAUCGCAAGACAUACAGCAUCGAAUUCACACUCAGAUCGACUACAUCCACUGCCUAGUGCCCGACCUGCUGCAGAUCAUCAACCUGCCCUGCUACUGGGGCGUUAUGGACCGCUACCAAGCAGAGACGCUUCUGGAAGGCAAACCCGAAGGCACGUUCCUGCUGCGUGACUCAGCGCAGGAAGACUACCUCUUCUCCGUCAGCUUCCGACGCUAUGGCCGCUCGCUGCACGCUCGCAUCGAGCAGUGGAACCACAAUUUCAGCUUCGACGUGCACGACCCAAGCGUUUUCCACGCGCCCACCGUCACUGGCCUGCUUGAGCACUACAAGGAUCCCAACUCCUGCAUGUUCUUCGAGCCGCUGCUGUCCAACCCCAUCCACCGGACGCAGCCCUUCAGCUUGCAGCACAUCUGCCGCGCGGCCAUCAGCAGCUGCACCACGUACGACGGCAUCAACGCAUUGCCGCUUCCCAACGCGCUGAAGGAGCAUCUGAAGGAGUACCACUACAAGCAGCGCGUGCGCAUACGCAGACUGGACACGUGGUGGGAGUGACAGAGCGGGUGACGCUCGUCUGUCUCAGGUACGGAGGCGGGAAACAAGACCAGAAGUGCCACUACUCUGCGUUCCACGACAACUUCGCCGGUUCUUAUCGCUGCACUCUCAACUAUAGAGGACUGGUGUGAAGACGUGAGUGCCUUUCUGAUGCUACUAAUUUUUUGAGGUUUAAAAUGCUGUUAGCUUAUUGUCAUGAUGUUGGCAUGCCGUCACAGGGUUCACUGCAUCAGCACUGGAGUUAUUAACUGAUUAACACUGCACUGAAGCUGCAAGAGUUUGUUAUUUUAGAAUAUUUCUCCUUUUUAUCAAGACAAGUGUCCCUUUUGGGAGUUAAGGCACAUUCACACCAAGAAUGAUAACUAUAACGAUGACUAUAAACAAUGACUAUAAAGUUGACAACAACAAUAUAAGGAUGACUAUAACAUUAGCUGAGUUUCCAUCCAAACGUGAAGCGAAUCUUAUCAAAGUUCGCAAAAAAAGACAAAUGCGAAUUAGGUGAGUUUCCAUCAAGUUGUUCGAGCGGAUGACGGAGGUAUUGGUAACCUAGUACCCAACAGUGAAUGAAACACUGUGACCGAGCAUUCGUGAAGAGUUCAUCUAAACACUUAUGAAUAAGAAUACAAUAAACGAGAGCCGUCUGAACUCCUCUCGACUUUAUUAAGCAUCACACAGAUGUGAGAGUACAAGCCUGAAAAACCCGCGACACUCCAGUGCAAAAGUGUGCAUGACCCUUGCCUAUCCACGGCAAGCCCGAGGGGAAAAUGCAUUGCACACACAGAUAUACGACGAGCGCCAGUACAUCCAGAAUUAAUGCAUCAUAACAGAAUCAAACAUAACGUUUUCUGUUACAACACCAUCAGCGGAAACAGACGAUUACGAUUAGUCAUGUGGGUUUAAUGUUCGCUACGUCAGAAUUUAUUCGGCUAAUGCGUUUCCAUCUCCCUUUAUUUGCAUUAACUCUUUUUCGUCAAAAACCACCUCAAGCAAGCGUAAAACUUUUUCAUUUGAAAUUUGGCAUUUCCAUCACUUGUUUCUGAUGUGAUACUUCAAAAUGAGCAUAAAACAAUAUAAAGUUGACUGUAAUGAUGAAUAUAACGAUAUAAUGUUGACUAAUGAUAUAACAAUGACUAUAACGUUGACUGUAACAAUGACUAACGACAUAAUGACUAUAACGAUAAAUGACGAUGACUGUAAUGAUAUAACGUUGACUAAUGAUAUAACGAUGACUGUAACGUUGACUGUAACGAUGUCUAACGAUAUAACAAUGACUAUAAUAAUAUUAACGAUGACUAUAGCGAUAUAAUGUUGACUAAUGAUAUAAUGAUGACUAUGACAUUGUCUAACGAUAUAACGUUGACUAUAAUGAUAUAUAAAGUUGACUAACGAUAUAACAAUGACUAUAACGUUGACUGUAACAAUGUCUAACAAUAUAACGAUGACUAUAAUAAUGAUAUAAUGACUAUAACUAUAUAAUGUUGACUAACGACAUAGCGAUGAUUAUAACGUUGAUUGUAACAAUGACUAACGACAUAAUGACUAAAACGAUAAAUGACGUUGACUAAUGAUAUAACGAUGACUGUAACGUUGAUUGUAACGAUGUCUAACGAUAUAACAAUGACUAUAACGAUAUAACGAUGACUAACGAUAUAACGAAUAUAACGAUAUAGCGUUGACUAUAAAGAUGACUAUAAUGACAUAAAUGACUAUAACAAUAUAAGGUUGACCAUAACGACAUAAUGUUGACUAAUGAUCUAAUGAUGACUAUAACAUUUCCUAACGAUAUAACAAUUACUAUAAUGAUAUAACAUUGACUUUAACGAUAUAAUGUUGACUGUAACGAUGACUAUAACAAUGCAACUCAAUAUAACGUUGACUAUAACAAUAAUAAAAACAAUGACUAUAACGUUGACAAUAACAAUAUAAUAGUAACUAAAACCUUGACUGUAACAUUACUAUAAUGUUAACUACAAGCAUAACUAUAGUGAUAACUAUAUUAGCAUCCACACCAGUGAUCGUCAGUGUUCUGUUUAUUAUAAUAACGCUGCAGUUUUGUCAUCUGCCACUUCAAAUGCUUUAAAUUCGGAUGGAUUCUGAUUGGCUGUCAAUGUUUUUAUCGUUCAUCAGCUGGAAAUAAAUCGCUCUGAAAGUGAUUCCUUCGAUAUUGUUCCUCCGUUAUAGUUGUGGUGUGAAUUUUGAAAUUCUCUUAGAUUUGGAGCGAUUAUUAAAACUUUAUAGUUAUUAUCGCUAUAGUUAUCGUUCUUCAAUGCACAAGGUUUGUUUGUUUCCGUGGUGAGUGAGACUAUACUGCAGUGUGUGGUAUUUGAAAAACAUUUCAGUUUUAGGGAGGCAUAUUGAACUGUUUCUUGCCUUCGUAACAUCAGUACUUUUGUAGAGUCACUCAUCCAGACAAAUUCAAGCGGGCCAGAAGAACCCGGUCUCGCAGCACACAGGUAGUUCAAGCCACUGCAUGCUAAAGCCAACAGUGCACUGGAGUAAAGUUACACUGGAAAACUGGUGCUAAUAUUCAUCUGGAUUGGCUUCUAAUGCUGUACUAGAUCAGAUUGAAUGGAGUAUAAUACAGGUAACGGACCAUCUCAGUAUAAUCUCUGUGUCUCCAAUGUACUCUCGCUUGCAUGUUUGACUCAACAAAUGCUCAUUUAUUCACAGCACACUUAUCAAAGACGGAUAGGCAUUUGCAAUGUGAUGUUUUAUCCGAGAACGGAUAACUGUACCAAUUCUUGAGCUUGUAGACUAGUAGAAUAGACCAAAUCCACAGUUCUGCUUCUCUUAGAUUACAGGCUCAUUCUUAGCACACUGUUUUCACUCUCAUUGGCUCUCAGUGCUGUCAUCAUAUUUCAUUUAGUGUUGAGUAUUCAGAUAUGAGUCUGCACACAUGAUGUUAAAGGAGAAGAGCAUCUCUAGUGUUUUAUUUGAUUUGGGAAAUGACAUCAUUCUUUUCAAUUUUCCAUCUGGACGCUAUUCAUUCAUUCCACUCCAUUGCUUCUUGUUUUUAAUGUUCAUUCACAGUCGAUACAUAUGAAUGUAAAUCACCCAAGGCAUGUUUUAGUGGUUUAUUUUAUAUGUUAGAACUUAUUAUAGAGACCAUUGUCUACCAUGUUUUAUAACCUCAAACAUUCUUAACUGUGUGUCUAUUAAAAACUCUUCUAAAACUCAAUUAAAUUGGUCAAAUGAUGUUCAAUGCUGUUAGAAAAGAGAACAUUGAGUUUUAAAUCAAAGGGGCCAACUUCAUUUAUCUGGAUACAAUAAACGACAAAAUCAAACAGCAUCUUUUUGCAUCCCUGUGCUGCAGUGUUAUUGAGAUCUCACUAGAAGGUGAUUGAAUAACAUUAAACAUCCAUUUAAUUUAUAAUGUUAAUGAGCUGUUUCUGUAGGGAUUUUUUUUUUUUACAUGUAGAUGUGUCUUGCUGGUCAAGUCUGGAUUGAAGUAAAAACAGUCAGUGUGUUUUGCUUUUUGUCGACAGUUUACCGUGAUUUCCAGAGGACCAUCAUGAAUGUCACAAACUUUUGUUCUUAAAGCAGCUUGCCUUUCUCUCUCUCUCUCUCUCUCUUUUUUUUUUUUACACUGAUAUUUAUUUAUUUUCUAUUUAAGGCUUGCCUAAUAUGCUUAACAUUUUUCACAUGUAUUUCUGCUAUAUUAAAGCCAUGUGUGAAUAUGUGUGAAUAAUUUUAUUGGUGUGUAUGGUGUAACAAAAGCACAUAUUAAUAAACUAUGUUGUAUCUUU